GACACAAUCAGUAAAACUGUCGCUACCAGGUUUAAUCCAAAUCAAGAUUCGCGCACUACAUUAGGACUAUAUCCACUGCAACUACACCCACUCAGCCGACAGUAACCAGAUCGUAAAAUUCUGAUUAAAAAAAUCAUUUGGGAACAUUGUACAAGAUCUUAUAUAAAACAUUAACUGAGAUGUCAGACGUUGCUGACCCUCCCGAUCUUCUGGUGGAUCUCCAGGAACCACUUGAGGCGCUGAAAUCAACGGUGACGGUGAAAAAGGAUGAACGACGGAAGGUGGCUAGUAUCCUUCCUAACGCACCCAUAAACAAAGCAGAGACCUCGACUAAUUCUACACUUUUCACCGCUGGAGGACAACGAUCUGGACAAGAACGCACCUUGCGGAGACGUGACUCAAAACAUUCUCUUUAUUCAGCCCAAGAUUUCCGAGAGGAGAACCCGUUAGUUAGAGUGUCCAGCUUCUUCGGAUCAAGACAUUUUCCUGAGCUCUUUGGUAGGUCAGCUCACAACCUUGGGGGCUACGAUGAGCCAAGUAACGACCACAAGUUAAGAGAGAAAAAGAAGAACCAAGAGGAUAUUCAAGAAAGAAAGAAAGCAAAGAAAGGGGGUAACUUACUGGAGGAAAAGAACGAAGCAACACUGAGUAGGAAUACAGAUGGUGCGACAAGACCAUUAUGGGAAGAUGAUGCUUCAAAAGACAAGGUGACGUCGGCGACAUCAGGAAGCCUCAAAUGGGAACACUUGACCUCAGCAGUCUUUGGAAGUCAGGUGGAGCCUGGGGAACACCCAUCCUUGGACAUCUCUCACCACUGGAUGCCCACGGACAUGGUGAACGCAGACCUCUCGGGAGCGCCGCCAGAGUUCAAGCCAAAACACAAGCAAACAGCGAUAAAUAUAAACUAUGAACAUAAAAAUGGUGAAGCUGAAUCAAAGGAAUUAAAAGAAAGGUCUAACAGUUCACUUAAUGAUAAAUCAGAUGAUCAAAGUUUGCAAAAGGACUGCAUACACUUUGAAGAUCUGGAGCAUGGCACAAGGAAGAAAAUUAAAUUUUCUGACGAAUUUGAGGCGAUCCACAGUGCAGACGCAGACAACCCAUUCGUCAAGACUGGCUGGAGUACCUUCAGAACCGAUGCUAUAAAAGCUAUUUCUGAGCUUGGUUCUCGUAUCAUGAGGCCACCUUCCAGUGAUGUAAUGUACAUGACACCACUACCAGAGACCUGUAUUACUGCCAGCAGCCCAGCCAACCCCAGUGCACCACAGGAACAAGACACCGCUCCAUUAAAACUGAUUCCUAAUCUUGGCUCUUGGAAACCUCAUUCCAAUACGCGCGUGGAUCGUCUGGAUAAAUCGGAGUCGUUGGCAGAAGUUUGGAGACAGCCGCGGAGAUUGUGGCUGAAGCGCUCCCGAGGGAACCAACAGGUCCUCUUGCUCGACUUCAAGACCACCAAGGGAGAAGACGACGCCGCUUCUAAAUCGGUAAGUACUCAACACAAUUUAGUACAAAGAAUAUCAUACAACCUGUUUGCUAAGCUCCGCCCCUACUCUUUAGCAUGGCCUACUUCCACUAAUGGGUCUUGCCCUCCUGUGUCUGCUGCACCUCAUCUGAGUCCAGUAUAUGAGUGUCUACCUUCCUUCUUAGUCUUCAGAUUCAUCAAGACUAAGACGCGGAUGUAUACUUGCACAGACAUAGAUGAAGAGAGUCACGGAUGUAUGCUUGCACAGACACAGACAAAAACAGAGAAAGACAUACGUAGAAAUAAAGACUGA